UUUUUUUGUCUUCAUCCAUCCUCCAAUUUUUAGCAUUUCUUUUAGGAGUUGAGUUUUUACUUUUAUUUUCUCAUCUUCAGCAUAGAUUGGGGCAGUGGUGGGCACCGCUAGAUACGAUGUUAGCUGCGCUAAUCCUAAAGCAUCACUCAUAAACAGUCCCGCUAACGCUAAAGAGCAAUCAAUUUAGUUUGUUUACAGGAACAUUUUUACAUCAAAUGCUAAUGCUAAAGCUGCCGCAGAGUUACAACUACUAUAGCUUUAAUAAAUCACAUCUUGUUUUCAAUUAGGUUUUUUUUUUGUUUUUAUAAGCCUUACUCAAGUGAAAGUUUACAAAAAAAAACAAUUAAAUUGGUGCUUUAGGAUUUAUCCAGAGAAAUUAUUUUUAGGAGAAGCUGUGUGUGCUAAAAACAAUAGUAAGCAAAAAUGCUAAAGUGCUAGACAAAGAAUUAGCGGAUUAGCGGAAGUGUGCUCACCACUGGACUUGGGGUAAUGGUGGAUUACAGCAAAUUUAUAAGGAUUAUUUUAAAAUAAAAAAAGAAUAGAUAUUUAUUUUUAAAUGAAGUUAUAAAAUGAAAAAAAUAAUACUCAUUUUAUUUUCACACAACAUAAAAAAAACAGAAUACAACUGUGCCUUAUCACACACCCCAUCACUACAGGCUUUUCUGCUGAUAAUUUCCAGAAGCUGGUACAUUUAACUGAAUUAAAAUCAUUCAUGUUGGUCAUCCGGGGAACAAUGUUCUUUUUAAAUUAAAUGUUGAUCCUGAGAUAAAUAUUUUUGCUCUUUUUACCACACUGUGAAACGUUUGAGAGCAAACUGGCUAAUAUUUGUCAGAAAAACCAGCAUGCUGAGGUCAGAGCUUCGUACUUUUCCUGGCCUGAUGUCUCAACUGUUUCUGUGAAUAUGCUUUUUUUUUUUUUUGUAUGACUGUAUUGUUUCACCCAGGCACUGAAUUAAAGACUUUUUCAAUUACUGUUGUGUUUUUCUAUAAAUAAGUUUGAGUUGUAUAGAAAGAUUUAACCGUUCAUUUUGGUGUCUUGCAUCUAAUCAAAGGCAACUCUAAAGAGUCGAGAUUUCAGCUUUGAUUUAAAGAAACUGUGUUUCGACUGUUUUACAGAGAUUUGCUGUCAGUUGUUUUGAACAGAACACUGUUGUAAAGACAGUUAAACUUUUACUUAAGGGUUCUUCUUCCUGCUCAAACAGGAAGAAGAGGAACCAACAUCUGCUGAAGGUGAAAGCUGAUUGGCUGCUGCCUCUCUGCACCAACAUGUGAUUCACACCAGAGCCCAACCCCGUUUCUGUAUUCAGGAAGUGAAACUAAGUCACUGCGACUGAGGAGAAAUGGAGCAGCAGGCAGUUCAGCUGGACAGAGAAACUUUCUCCUGUUUGAUCUGUCUGGAUCUACUGAGGGAUCCGGUAACUACUUCCUGUGGAGACAGCUACUGUAUGAACUGUAUUAAAUCCCACUGGGAUGAAGAGGAUCAGAGGAGAAUCCACAGCUGCCCUCAGUGCAGGGAGACGUUCACAUCAAGGCCUGCACUAAAGAAGAACACCAUGCUAGCAGCUUUAGUGGAGCAGCUGAAGAAGACUGGACUCCAAGCUGCUCCUGCUGAUCACUGCUAUGCUAGACCUGAAGAUGUGGCCUGUGAUUUCUGCACUGGAAGAAAACUGAAAGCCAUCAAGUCCUGUUUAUUCUGUCUGGCCUCUUAUUGUGAGAAACACCUUCAGCCUCAUCAUGAUGUGGCUCCUUUAAAGAAACAUAAGCUGGUGGAGCCGUCCAAGAACCUGCAGGAGAACAUCUGCUCUAAGCAUGAUGAGGUGAGGAAGAUGUUCUGCCGCACUGAUCAGAAGUGUAUCUGUUAUCUCUGCUCUGUGGAUGACCAUAAAGGUCAUGACACAGUGUCAGCUGCAGCAGAAAGGACUGAGAGGCAGAGAGAGCUGGAGGAGAGACGAGGAAACAUCCAGCAGAGAAUCCAGGACAGAGAGAAAGAUGUGAAGCUGCUUCAACAGGAGGKGGAGGCCAUCAAUCACUCUGCUGAUAAAACAGUGGAGGACAGUGAGAAGMUCUUCACUGAGCUGAUCCGUCUCCUCCAGGAAAGAAGCUCUGAUGUGAAGCAGCAGGUCAGAUCCCAGCAGGAAACUGAAGUGAGUCGAGUCAAAGAUGUUCAGGAGAAGCUGGAGCAGGAGAUCAGUGAGCUGAAGAGGAAAGACGCUSAGCUGAAGCAGCUCUCACACACAGAGGAUCACAACCAGUUUCUCCUCAACUACCCCUCACUGCCAGCACUCAGGGAGUCGACACACUCAUCCAGCAUCAACAUCCGUCCUCUGGGACACUUUGAGGACGUGACAGCAGCUGUGUCAGAGCUCAGAGACAAACUACAGGACGUCCUGAGAGACUCAUGGACAAACAUGUCACUGAUGGUCACUGMGGUGGAUGUUCUACUGUCAGAACCAGAACCAAAGACCAGAGCUGGAUUCUUAAGAUAUUCAUGUGAAAUCACUCUGGAUCCAAAUACAGCACACACACAGCUGGUACUAUCAGAGGGGAACAGGAAGGCGACAAGGACGGGUAAACAGUCUUAUCCUAGUCAUCCACACAGAUUCACUCAUUGGGAGCAGGUUCUGAGUAGAGAGAGUCUGACUGGACAUUGUUACUGGGAGGUGGAGAAGGCAAGAAAAGAAGUUGAUGUCGCAGUCGCUUACAAGAAUAUUAGCAGAGCAAGAAUACAGAAUGGAUGUUUAUUUGGACGAAAUGACAAAUCUUGGGCAUUAGAGUGUAAAGAAAACAGUUUUAUAUUUUGUCACAACAAAAUCCGAACCUCCAUCUCAGGUCCAGUUUCCUCCAGAGUCGGAGUGUACCUGAACCACAGAGCAGGUAUUCUGUCUUUCUACAGCGUCUCUGAAACCAUGACUCUGGUCCACCAAGUCCAAACCACAUUCACUCAGCCGCUACUGGCUGGAGUUUGGGUUGGUUCAGGAUCCUCUGCAGAGUUUUGUAAACUCAAAUAGAUUUACUCUCUGGUUGUUGAUCAGGGUCUAUUGGUCUGAUGUCUCUCUUGUUCUGUUCUUCACUACAUUUAUGGUUUAAAUGUAGUUUAAAUCAGGAGCUAUAAAUGUCAUCAAUGCUGAUAUUUUUUUAAUACAGAAAUAUUUUUCCAUGUGAAAAUCUAAACUUCUCUGGGUUCCAAUAGGUCUGCUUUGAUAUUUUUGUACUGAUACAUUUUGAUGUUCUGCUCUUUCUUCUACUGGUCUGCAGAAUAAAUGUUGCUCUGAUUUAAAUCAGUUGAGGCUGAAGUGAACUGUGAACUGCUUCCGUUUUCUUUAUUGUGAUCCAAUGACACUGAAACUAAUGUCAGCAUAGAUAGAACUGAUCCUGUUUUCUUCUAAACUCUUUAGAUUUAGAUCUGAAAAACGAAUGUCAACAGUCUUGUCUUGUGUUCUUCAAUAAACCAACUUAAUUACACACAAAAAAAAUUAUGUUUUAUUUUCAUUACUGUGAGUUUGGUCACAACGUGCAGAAGGGAGCAACAAUCCAACACAUCUUCAUGUAUUCCAGUCAAAAGAUGUCAAUAAAACCUGGCAGACAAACUUUCUUCUUUUUACUUCUGACAAAAGUUGUUGUUCUUGGACCAAAAUCUCAGAAAAAUAAACUAACUCAAUUACGUGGCAGUAAAUAAUAAAGUUAAGAAUCUGUUACUUUUUUUUACCAAGAUAUGUCAUUUAAAUCCCAUAUUACUUUUUCCAGGAUUUCCUCACUCGGUAUUAACGUCAAAAUUAGUCAAAAUAUCUCAUUUUGACUAAAACUGGUCCAGAUAUUUGUUACUUCAAGGCUGGAUUACAGCAAUUCUAAUAAAAUUCACAAAUACAGUUCAAAGUCUUCAGCUGAUCCCAAAUGCUGCAGCAACAAUUCUGAUGAAAAUUAAACACAGGUCAAAUUUCUCCAUUUUCAGAUUCCCUUCUUUGGCCCCCUGUUAAAUCCAGAACAGAAUUAAGAUUUUAUCUUUCUCAAAAAUAAAGCUCUUAAUAAUGAAGCUUCAUCCUAUAUCAGAGACCUGAUUGGUCCAUAUGUUAAUAACAGACUGCAGGUUUACUGCUGGUACAUAGAAUUUGAAAACGUAGAAUGCAAGGCAGAUCUUUGAGUUAUGUGGAACCAGAUUCCUGUUUUAAUCACCCUGAUCACUUUUAAGACCAGGCGGAAAACUUUCCUCUUUCAUCAAGCUGAUUGACUGGCUUAGAAAUAUCCUGAGAUAUUUAUGUUCUUAUGCUGCCACAGACUUAAGACUACUAGAGGACAAACUGACCACUUAUUUACGCAUUUUUUCCUAUUUGCAUUAUUUGCUGUUAUUUUGACAGAACUUUUUGUUUUCUCUAUUAAUUUUCUCUUUACAUAAGCUACACCCGUCGGUCGCAGCAGAUGGCUGAUUGCACCGAGUCCGGUUCUGGUUCUGCUCGAGGUUUCUUCCUGUUAAAGGGGAAAGGAGUGUUUCCUGUCCACUGUCGCUACAUGCAUGCUCGGUAUGAGGGAUUGCUAUAAAGUCAAUGACGCUACGCUACCUGCUCAUGACUGGAUGCAAUCUGCUGGGAUUCCAGAAACAUUUUAAACUUCUUUGAAUAAAUAAUUGAGCUUACUGUGUUGUUUGAUAACUGGGAUUGAUUGGAAUGCAUGUAUGAUUGAAUUAGGUUUUUUGUUUUUAGAAAAAUUGCUGUUAAUUGGCGCUACAUAAAUUAAUUYCCUUAGUCUUACUUGCAUCGGCCCCAGACAGACAUCUAUAAGUUUGUUUCUGACCACUUGAUGGAAGAUAAAAACUUUAGGAUCUGUGCCUAUCAGUCAAUAAAAAAAUUAAAACGCCAUAAAAUGAUUGGAUUAAACAUUUGGAGCCUAAAGGCAUCGUUUUACGGAUCCAGUCUCACAUAUAUCCAUUAGCCCGUUGCAUAAUAAGUAGCAGGACAACCUAAAAAUAAUCAGGAUAAGCUGUCACUUCCCACUCAGUUUUAUCCAAUCUGCGUGUUCAGAUUUCCAGCUUCGAAUGGUUAGAAGGCUUAUACCAAUUGACUGGAGGGCUCAGCGUCCCCGCAGACAGACAGGAAAAUAAACCAGCAUCAUAACUUCCUGCUAAACUCCUCGCUGUCCUCGCCCCAGUAACGCUCAGGGAAGAGAUCCGGACUCCCUGAAUGGCAUGUUAUUUAUUAAAGUCCCCAUGACUGACGGCGGUUAGAGUGGGAGCGAGCGCUGACCCACAGCUGCAGAGUGGGACGGCUGUGUUUAGUGGAGCCUCAGUAAUAGCUAAGUACUGUGAAACGACGCAGUGAGGGUAAUGAUACGACCACGCGACAACCACAUAUUGGGCGCCUUUAAUUACACUCAAGGCGGAGACGCAACGCUGCAGUUGUCAGAUCUGUAAGCUGUAUUUACUCAGUGGUUCUGACUCACUGACACCCAACCAACCCAAGUUUAACUAAACCCACAAAGCUGCUUUGUUCUUUGAGCUUCUAAUGUAACUCCUACAGCGAAUACUCUGGGAAUUAGAGCAAAAAACAACCACCAAGUUUACAAUGUCAGGUAAUAUGCUGAAUUAUUUGGGAAAACUUAUUUAACAAUAGAAAUAUAUUUUAUUGUCCUACAGUGUGUAGAUUCAGGUAUAUCAGCAUCUUAAGAAACAGUUUAGAAAGGAUCUUAUUGGGAAAUAUGUUGUAUAGCAUGUUAUUUUUGAUGUCUAAAUAAUUCUACAUUUAAGGAUGAGAGCGUGAGGUUUAAGUGUCAUUCAAUGUGAAAAAAAUUUAAGAGUUUAUCUGGUGUGAGAUUUAAAUGUUCGUAGGUUGAUGAGUACGAGGGGGCAGGAAGAUUUUGUAUCUUCUACCUGAUCCUUUUCGAACAAAUUAUGUAAAAUUACAUGUCAACAGGCAUGAUAAUUUGUUUUACUUUUUGUCUUUUUCAU